UUUCACGAGCAGCUCACUCAAGGUCGCAUCACGCAAAAUCAUAACAACACUAUUUUGAAAUCAGUCCGAAAGAAACUACAUACAUUUCGGGGUAAAAUACUCCCCUUUCCCCCUUAGUUUCCUCUUGUGUGUUAACCCAAGGUCACAGUGGAGACUCUAUAGGGUAAGUCUCUAGGAGAGAAGGGGAUUCUGCCGACCGAAACCGGAGAAAUGGAGGUGGACGCACAGGUUGUGGAUUUCGUCGAGCAAAAUGGAGACUUGUCGAACGACGAUGCAGACACCAACAACAACCCGUCUGGAGAAGGUGAUGGUAUGAACGGCGGUCCUCUCUCCGCUCUCGAGGGCAGAAUCACCCGAAAGGCCAAACGUAGACUCCGUAAGAGCCCCUCCAAGGAAACUCCACCGGUACCCAUGAACGGCGUUGUAGCCGUUUCUCAGCGGGAGAAGAAUAUGCGAAAGUCUCGCAGUGGACGAGGCCGUGGACUCCCCAAAAAGGGUGGAGCUGGUGGUAAGGGGACUUGGGGUCCCCCUGGCUUGUAUGAGGAGAAUGAUGCUAACUGCCAAGAUGUUAAUGAUCCUAACUAUGAUUCGGAUGCACAGGCAGAGAUUGCCUUGAAGGCCAUCACUCCCAAACUAAGGGGGGAGGAGCUUCAAGACAUGGUGGAACCAAUCAUACAGGAGUACUUUGAACAUGGAGACACUGAUGAAGUGGCUGCAUGUCUGUCUCAGCUAAACAUUGAUGGCUCUGACCGUCACGAAGUCGCUUCUGUUGCUGUUACCCUGGCUAUGGAGAAAAAGGACCCCGAGAAGGAAAUGACCUCUGUGCUUCUAUCUGACCUCUAUGGGUUAAAGGUUGUGUCUGAGAUAGAGCUGGAGGCUGCUUUUGAGAAUUUGCUUCACAGCUUGCCUGAUCUCAGCCUGGAUACUCCGGAGGCUCCUUCUGCUCUUGGCAAGUUCAUUGCUCGCGCCAUCGCUGAUGACUGCCUUGCCCCCAGAUUUGUGCAGAAGUUCAAGGAGGACCUCCAUGAAGAUCACAUGAGCCACCGGGCUUUGGAUGGUGCUGACCUGCUGUUGAACAUGAAGCAUGGUAUGCUGAAGCUGGAUAAUGUCUGGGGAGUUGGAGGCGGCCGUAGACCUGUCAAAGUACUCAUCAAAAAGAUGGUGCUGCUUCUGAAGGAAUAUCUGUCAUCUGGAGACAUCCAAGAGGCCAUUCAUUGCUUGAAGGAUCUAGAUGUGCCUCAUUUCCACCAUGAACUUGUCUAUGAGGCUGUCUAUAUGGUUCUUGAGCAAUUUGAGACAGUGGAACGAGUGGCAUCAACCAUGGCUCAGCUUCUUAAGACCCUCUUUGACAGCAACAUUAUCACCAUUGACCAGAUGAACACUGGAUUUCGUCGCAUAUUCACUGCUCUGCCGGACAUUGUGAUAGAUGUCCCUCAUGCUUUCUCUAUCCUGGAGAAGUUUGCAGAUAUCAGUCGCCAGCAAGGAUUCAUCUCUGCACAGCUGAGAGCUGAGGUGCCAACUAGGGUCCGCAAGCGUUUUGUCUCGGAGGGAGACGGCGGCCGUCUGAAAGAGUAAAGAACUGUCCAAACACCCCAGCCACUACCAAGCACAGAUAAUGACUUAAACCAAGUAGGUACUUCAAACGUACCCAACAUCCAAGCAAAUUUUCCAGCUUAUGGAACAGUGUCAGUACAGUAAACUUCAGCUAUGUCAACAUCACACAACUCGGCAAAUCACUCAAGUUAGCAGUCUUACGAAAGUCCUUAUCUGUAAUGCAUUUCCAUAAGAAUUUUUAUUUCCAAGUCGGCUUUUAUAAGUCGUCAUUUUGCCUAAGUUGGCGUGUUACUCUUGGUUGCAUUUCCACAAAAAGCACAACAAAAUUCUUUGUGUAAGUCGGCAUUUAAAAAAUCCCAUGGUGGCAUCCGCUUCUGCUUUGUGAUUGACAAGAAGUGUAAGUGGAAAGUCACACGGCGAUGUCUGUUUAUUGGCACGGUCCACAAUCGCUGCAUUGGUUUUAAUGUAGCGGUACAGUUAGGACACGUCCCAGCACAGCGCAUUGCAGAUACCUUUAUCAUGGAUGGAUCCCAGAACUUUCUCUGUACAUUUAGAGGAUAUCACAUGUACAUGUCAUGUAGAAUUGUAUGGAAUUUUCCUGCAAAAAAUACAUGUAUAUGCAUGGAAUAUGAUGGGUGAAUCAAAAUUGAUAAUUUCUGCUUUCCCACGGCCCAAGCAUGAGACAAGUUGCAUUUUGAGUGCAGUGUGGUGGAAGCGCACGAGACUCAAUAAAGCCUGUGCGGCACACGGAUGUCUACGGCCAAAAAAAUUGCAAGGACAUCAUGGAAUGGCCGGGAGCCAGUGACACCCAUGACAACUCAAAGUACACUCCAAACUUUGACACUCGGAAAACAUGACGCAAUCAUUGAAAAACUUCUGAAAUACUUCAGCUACAUGUAGGUCACAGAACUAGAUCCCCCUCUAUUUUCCAAAGUAUUUUCUGCUUUCAUGUAUUUUUAAGGGUUUAGUGCAUGUAUUUUCAGCAGUCUAAUGGAGUGCAAGGUUUUAUUGGGCUGUCGCCAGGCGAAUUCAGCAUUUACUGGUCCAUGUACAUGUACACGAGGGCACUCCAUUCGCACUGAUGGACUGCUGCACUUCACAAAAUCCAAUUCUUUUGUCAAAACUUUGGAGCAUUGCAAACCUUGUCACGUUUUCAUUGUCUUUUCCUUCCUCCAUGUUUGGCCUACCUGUAGAUAUUUUGAGUGUUGCAACCCAAUCACAUGCAUGUACAUUUAUCAUGUUAACGUACAUUUCAUCAUUUCAUGUAAGUCGACACAAUGAAGACUUACAGCACAUGUAGAAGUCGGCCUUUGCGUAAGUCGUCACAAAUUUUGGGUGCUGACUUAGACGGAGUUUACUGUAUGUCAUUAAAAUUUGCUUGGGUGUGGGUUUUUGUAUGAAGUAUGAACCCAUCCUUAUUAUAUCAAUUAUUCCCUGGUUGCAUUUAGAGGGUUGAGUGGACUGAAUCUCACUGCAAAUCAUUUGGAUUUCCCUAGAGUCAAUAUGUAAAUUACUUGCAAACCAUCACCAUCAAUUCCAAUCUAUUAUAUACUGCCCUCUAGAGACAACCUGCAUAAUUGAUUUAAGUAAAUCAAUUCAUUGUACAUUGUUGAAGUGUGAAUAUAAUUAGUAUGCGUUCCUUAAUUGAUUUGAUAUCAGCUUCCUGGCAGGGGUGUCCAUAUUUUUUGAAGUAGAAUAUAAAGAAAUGGAAAAAGAAGAAAAUGCAUGUUGUUAAAAUGUAAAACUGGAAAAAAAAGUUACCUUUGUAAGAGUAAUUCUUAAUCAACUAUUCAGGAAAGAGUUAAGUACCGGUAAGGUUUUCAGUUUGACAACAGGUGUCUCUGCUUUUGGUUGAAUCCUUGUACAGAUUUUGGAUGAAAUGUUAGUUUUUUUGGUCAUUUUGGGAUUUUCCAGGCCUUGCGUUGAAAAAGGUUUAAUUGAGCUGAAUUGCAUUACAUGUCUGAAAUUGUGUUGACUGAUUUAUGAUCCUAUGUAAAUUAAUGUGGUUUGAAUUGCUUAUGAUUACUGAAGAUCUUCGAAAGAUACUUGAAAAAGAUGACAGUUGAAUAAUUCCCCACUUGACCAAGAAUUUUCGAUGGCAAAACAUGUUGAAAAAGUAUCGACGUUGUUGGUGCAAAACAGACGUGUGAACUUGUACAUUGUAUUAUUCCUAAGAGUUCUAUUCAACUAUUUUCUCUUUAGAUUUGUCUAUUUUGAUAAAAAUAUAAACACUGAUGCAAGGAAGAGCAACUUUUCUGGCAAUCUUGAAUAUCUGGAUCGAACAAUGGAAUCAGUCUGAAGGGUUUUCAAAUUUAUCUACUUUGCUGUUUGAUAAACAGCCUAUUUGUAUUUGUGAAUGUUUAUUUAAGAGGUGCAUUACAAUUGUAACACAGAUGUGAGUACCGGAAUUGAUCCAAGUGAUACUGUGUAGAUGCUACAAGUUAUGCUAAACAACCAAAAGCUUCUCAACUAACCUACUGAAUAGUUUAAAAAAUCAUGAAAGCUUUGGAAUACGGUACAUGCAAAUGGUCAAUGCAGUGUAUGCUGAUAUUUGACUUGAUGCAGUCAAUCUAUACUGUUCUUUGGCAGUUGGUUUAACUUAAAUUGUGCCGUUUAUUCAAAAGCAACAAGUGUCAACAUGUCAAAGGUCAUACACUAGUCAUUGGAAAUUUUGGUGUCCAUUUUGUUAACUUCUGAAAAAAAAAAUUUAUACAUGUUUAGUUCCUACUUAAAUGCAGUUGAAAUGGCUACUCUAUUUUCUACCUGGCUUGCUUAAAUAACAAAUAAGUGAAGGAAUCGGAAAGGGCGUAUCAAAAAGCUCUGAGAUUAGACCUAAUUUUGUUAUUUCAGAGCUUUUCUUGUUAUACUUCAUAAUGUAACUUGUAAAAAGUACCAUUUGUUUCAAGAAAAGGGUUAUUUUGGUCAUAUUAAAUCAUUAAAUACCUUCUCUUAUUCUUGCAAUAUGCCCUCAAAUUUUGUUUAAAACGUGUACAUUAUACAUUUUCAGAUUUGGAAGUUAAGAUAUUAAUUUCUCCUUCAACUAACAAUGUGUAUCAAUAUCUUUGACCCAUAUUAAUAUGUAGCUGGAAAACUUGAGCAAUGACAAUACUCUACUGAAAUGCCAUUUGAUACUUCCAGAUGUGAAAACUUACACUACAUCAUCCUAGCCGUACAUGUAUAUAUACAUACAUUUGAAUUGAAUUAAUCCUAGCAAGACUAUUGUGGAAAUUAUACAUAAGAUGAAUUGUGCUGUAGAGUUUCACAUGGUGUUUCUACCAAGGCCAGUUCAGAUUUAAGUGGAUGCUUUCCUUGAAAUAAAACCAG